CUCUCUAGAUCUCCCCUCUAUGCCCUUUUAUUUCUCUCUCUAUGUUCUGUUAUCUAUCACUUCUUUGUCUCUAAAUUUUAUCUUGAUCUCUCCUUUCUCUCUCUAAUUAAUUCAGCAAUUAAUGGUCAUCGAAACUUUUUAAGUAGAUAGAUAUUAUCCAAAUUCUACGCAUUACAAUUCUCUCUUUCUCUCUCUCCAGCUUCGUUUUCUGUCUCUUCUGCAAUUCUCACCUGUCGAAAACCCCUCUGAUCCAUUGCUCAGAACUUCAGAUUGAUCGCCACAAGACCGCUCUCAAAAACCCUAGCUUCUCUAAGCCUGCCAUGACAGUACAAAACAAGAGAGAGACAGAAAAAACCAUAGAAAAAAAAAGACAAUUAUGAAAGCAGUUGCUUUUUUGAUCUCAGGACCGGCAUCAGGAGCAGCAAUGCCUUUGGAUUCAGUGCUAUAAAGGAUUGUUUUGCCUGCUUUUUGCUGGUUUCGAGAAGAUAGAGGCGAAAUCAUGGAGAUCGCAUUUAUUUAGCGUUAAGAGAGAACUAUUGAGAUGCCAAAGUUCAUGCUUUGAAGUGGGGGUUUACGGCAGAUGAAGGGUGGACUUGCAGAGAACCAUUGAGAUGCGAAAGUUCAUGGUUUGAAGUGGUGGGUUACUGCAGAUAAGGGGAGGAUAGGAAAUGACAAGUUUGGUUCACUUAUAGAAUCAUUAAGAAUUUAGGUUUGAAAACACUGGGAUAAGGGAUAUUUUCUUUGUGGUGAGGUCUUCAUUUUCUUCCACUGGAAAGUAUGACAUUAUGCUGAAAACAGUCAUCUAGGUGAAUUAAAGAUAAGGCAAAGGGGAGUGAAGCUAAACUUCCCAGUGUUAGAUUUGUUUUUAUGAAGAUAGGGUUCUGAGUCUGUUGACAUUUAUUAACAAGGAUAUUUCAUUUUUCUGUGCAUAUGGAAAGUGGGAAUCUGGGGUUGCUGGAUUUGUUGUGUGAAGGCAGACAUUUUGAUGCCUUACUCAUCAAUGAAUGUUAGUCAUGCCAAUGUAUUCGAUGAAUGAGGCGAAAGCAGUGAAUAUUUGCAUAAAGUCUCCCUGCUUGGAGACUGAUUAUUAUUUUUAGCCCUGUAUGUUUUGUGCACCUCGUUUGGACAGUAUUCCAAGUUGAGGGGAAUCAAACAAGAAUGAUGCACUAAUUUCAGAGCUGCAAUGUGGUCUUGUUUUUUAUUUUCCAUCAACUUGAGUUUUCCAAAGGUUUGUGUUGGAACUUAACUUCACAUAAUAACCUUUAGGUUCUUCUGGCAACCUUUACCUUGCAUAAGUCCAAAUGUCUUUUGAGGAAGAAUUGGGUGCUAGAUGAUAUGUAUCACUGUUUUCUUCUUUCAAGCAAAUUUCCCUGGCUGAUGCAUUUUGGCCAGAAGGGGAAAACUUUUACAGGCCUUAUAAUUAAAUGUUCCUCUUGAAAGAUUAUGACUUCUGGGCAACCAUUGCUGUUUUCUCAGAAUGCUAGUGAUUCUCUAUCACUUGAUGCCCCUCCCCCUCUGAAACGUGGAUCAUUUAGUUGCCUUUGUCGAACUGGGUCAGUUUCUUCUUCUCAUGUGAGCUCUACCUUCUCAGACUUAGAUGAUGCCCAAAGCCAUUUCGUGGAUGCAAAAAAUGAGUCACUAUCCCGUAGAAAGCUAAGUUGGGAUGUUGCAUCCAUUGGAGAAAGGGAUUUGGGCAGGAAUUUAUAUGAGUCGGAGUGUACUUUUCCCACCACCAGGUUUCAAUCUGCAGAAUCUCAGUUUUUUCAGCACGUGUUAUCCGAAUGCCAUUCCCAACCAGCACAAUCAGUCUCUGCUUUUAGUGGGCACCAUAUGGAACAUGAUAAGUCCUCUGAUCUGUUAAGCCGAAGUGCUCUUGAAAUCUCGAGUGGCCCCUCUAUGUAUAUACCUACUGAUACAGCCUCUUCUUCGAGGCGAGAAAAGCUAAAUCAUCAGAGGACUCGCCGAAAGAGUUGGGCAAAUGAGGAUAUCUUGUCUUCCGAAGAGAACGCACGAUUUAUUCAUAUAAAUGAUCCUAGAAGAACCAAUGACAAGUAUGAGUUUACUGGAAAUGAGAUUCGGACCAGCAAGUAUACCGUUAUAACUUUCCUGCCCAAGAAUUUAUUCAUCCAAUUUCAUAGAGUGGCUUAUAUAUAUUUUUUGGUCAUUGCUGCUUUGAAUCAACUUCCACCUCUUGCUGUCUUUGGGAGAACUGUUUCUCUAUUCCCUCUUCUUUUUGUUUUGUUUGUCACUGCUAUCAAAGAUGGGUAUGAAGAUUGGCGGAGGCACCGAUCAGAUAGGAAAGAAAAUAAUAGAGAGGCCAAAGUUCUUCAAGGUGCUAGGUUUUACUCAAAGGAAUGGAAGAAGAUAAGAGUUGGUGAGAUAUUAAAAAUCCAUGCUGAUGAAACUAUUCCAUGUGAUAUGGUUUUAUUGCGUAGUAGUGACCCCAGUGGAAUUGCUUAUGUCCAGACUAUGAAUCUUGAUGGAGAGUCGAACUUGAAAACAAGGUAUGCAAGGCAAGAGACUGCUUCAACAGAUUAUGAAUCUGAACAUGUAACUGGACUCAUCAGAUGCGAACAACCCAAUAGAAAUAUAUAUGAGUUCACCGCAAACAUGGAAUUUGGUGGUCAGAGAAUACCUCUUGGUCAAUCAAAUAUUGUUCUUCGGGGUUGCCAGCUAAAAAAUACUGAUUGGAUUAUUGGGGUGGUGGUAUAUGCUGGUCAAGAAACUAAAGCAAUGUUGAAUAGUGCAAUUUCACCUUCAAAGAGAAGUAAAUUGGAAGGUUACAUGAACAGGGAAACCUUGUGGUUAUCAGUGUUUCUAUUUGUCAUGUGCGCUGUAGUGGCUUUUGGGAUGGGUUUGUGGCUGGAGAGGCACAUGGAUCGGCUUGAUACCUUGCCAUUUUAUAGGAGAAAAUACUUCACAAAAGGUCAAGAGAAUGGAAAGAGAUAUAACUAUUAUGGCUUACCAUUGGAAAUCUUCUUUUCCUUUUUGAGCUCUGUCAUAGUAUUCCAAAUUAUGAUACCCAUAUCUCUCUAUAUAUCAAUGGAGUUGGUUCGAUUAGGGCAAUCAUACUUCAUGAUUGGAGAUACCAGGAUGUAUGAUUGCAGUUCAGACUCGAGGUUCCAAUGCCGAUCCCUAAAUAUUAAUGAGGAUUUGGGUCAGAUAAGGUAUGUCUUUUGUGAUAAGACGGGGACUCUGACUGAGAACAAGAUGGAAUUUCGCAAGGCUAGUAUCCAUGGACAAAACUACGGCAACUCCUCUUACUUAGCUGAUCAACAGAUGCAGGAUACCUCUGAGGGCCGUCCAGGGAAAGGAGGCAUUGCAGAUACUAUUAGCAGACAGAGGUGGAAGCCUAAGACUGUAGUCAAAGUGGAUCCUGAACUCGUGGCAUUGUUACACAAGGAAUUAGUUGGAGAGGAAAGAAUUGCUGCACAUGAAUUUUUCCUCACUUUGGCAGCGUGUAAUACUGUUAUUCCGAUAAAAACUGGAAAACGACUUUCUACAGAUCUUUCUUUUGGUGAAUUUUAUGAAGAACCUGUGGUUAUUGAUUAUCAAGGGGAGUCUCCUGAUGAACAAGCUUUAGUAUGUGCUGCCUCUGCUUAUGGCUACACACUUAUGGAGCGUACAUCUGGGCAUAUUGUAAUUGACAUCCAUGGGGAAGAGCAGAGGUUGGAUGUGUUGGGUUUGCAUGAGUUUGACAGUGUACGGAAAAGGAUGUCGGUGGUGGUUAGAUUUCCCGAUGAUUCAGUGAAGGUCUUGGUUAAAGGUGCUGACAGUUCCAUCUUCAAUAUACUUGCAGAAGUGACUGACCAAAGAGAGGAUCAAUCUACUGGUAUACGAUGUGCAACCCAGAAUCAUUUAAAUGAAUAUUCAUUGCAGGGAUUGCGUACCCUGGUACUUGCUUCGAGGGAUCUCUCUGAAAUGGAGCUUGAAGAGUGGUUUCAGAGCUACCAAGAGGCAAGCACUUCAUUAACCGAGAGGUCUGCAAAGCUACGUCAAACUGCAUCUCUUAUUGAGUGUAAUCUGAAUCUUCUUGGGGCUACAGGAAUUGAAGACAGAUUGCAAGAUGGUGUACCAGAAGCCAUAGAAUCCCUAAGGCAAGCAGGAAUUAAAGUUUGGGUUCUCACUGGUGACAAACAGGAGACUGCAAUUUCUAUUGGUCUUUCAUGUAAACUCCUUACACACCACAUGCAACAGAUUAUUAUCAAUGGCAGUUCAGAGGAGGAAUGUAAGAACCUUUUGGCAGAUGCCAAGGCCAACUAUGGCAUUAAACCACAAGGUUGCAGGAGCAAAAAUUCGAAAUGGAAGAAAAACAUUGAUAGUGAUCAAACAGAGGUUGAGAAUCCGAAUGACUAUGUGACACCUGGCAGUACUUUUCCCAAAACCGGGUUGCACCUGAGAUACAGUUUUGAUACUGAAGACUUGCCUGAACAAUAUGGUGCCAAAGUAGCAAGCACAAUGAAUCAACAACUUGCACUCAUUAUAGAUGGCAACAGUCUCGUCUAUAUCUUGGAGAAAGACCUACAACCAGAGCUUUUUGAUUUGGCAGUUUCCUGUAGAGUAGUACUUUGUUGCCGUGUUGCUCCUCUGCAAAAAGCUGGUGUUGUGGAUCUUAUAAAGAGCAGGACAAAUGACAUGACGUUAGCAAUUGGAGACGGAGCUAAUGAUGUCUCCAUGAUUCAAAUGGCGGAUGUUGGAGUUGGCAUAUGUGGUCAAGAAGGGCGUCAAGCAGUGAUGGCAUCGGAUUUUGCUAUGGGGCAGUUCAGGUUUUUGAAAAGAUUGCUGCUUGUGCAUGGACAUUGGAACUACCAGCGUGUUGGUUAUUUGGUUUUGUACAAUUUCUACAGAAAUGCUGUGUUUGUAAUGAUGCUAUUUUGGUACAUAUUAUGCACGGCUUUCUCUACAACUUCUGCAUUGACAGAUUGGAGCAGUGUGUUUUACUCCGUGAUAUACACAUCUGUCCCAACAAUUGUUGUGGGUAUUCUUGACAAAGACCUAAGUCAUAGGACUCUCCUCCGUUAUCCUAAACUUUAUGGUGCUGGGCAUCGGCAAGAGAGUUACAACAUGCGUCUCUUUUGGCUCACAAUGAUCGAUACACUUUGGCAAAGUCUAGUGCUCUUCUAUGUGCCUUUGUUUGCCUACAGAAACAGUACAAUUGAUAUAUGGAGUAUGGGCAGUUUGUGGACAAUUGCGGUGGUUGUGCUUGUCAAUGUUCACUUGGCCAUGGACAUCCAGCGUUGGAUAUUAAUCACUCAUAUUGCAUUAUGGGGUUCUAUAGUCAUCACAUAUAUUUGUCUUGUGGUAUUGGAUUCCAUACCUGACUUUCCUAAUUACUGGACUAUUUACCAUUUAGCAUUGUUCCCAACCUAUUGGCUCAAUAUUCUGCUUAUAACAGUUUUAGCAUUGCUUCCCCGGUUCCUUCUCAAAGUUCUCCAGCAGAUGUUUUGGCCUUCUGAUAUUCAGAUAGCUAGAGAAAAUGAGAUAUUGAAGAGACGCCAUUUGGGUGUCAAAUCUGAUGAAGCUACGAGCUCGCGUCAAUGGGGAGCUCAAUGGUGAUCGAAUAAGUUCCAGGUACGUGCAAGGUUGCCCUUGCGGCUCCUGCUUUCCACAUGUAUCAUCUGAGAUAUACUGCCGCAUCCUCCAAGGCCAGCAAAUAUGGAUGUAUUGGGGAAAUAAAUAUUGAAUACUUGCUUGCCCUUACGGGUUUUGUAAUAUAGUCAGAGUUGUAUCCCAAUAUCCAGUUUCAGUUUACACCAUUCUGUCUCUAUUCAUUUACACCAUGCUGUCCCUAUUCAUUGGGUUGGAGUGGAAUUGAUGUUUUUUCUCCUCCUAGUUCAGACGAGUGUUGUCAUCGUUCCUAAUCCUCGAUUAAAAGUCAUUGUAUUUGUGGGUUCUUUCAUGCUAGUUUCAAAAUUUAUUACAUGCAUGAGCACUCACAUAGUGAAGCUAGUUUGGCCUUACUAUGCAGAGCAUAAUGCAUGGGGUUUUAUCAUUUUCCGAGUAACAAAUUACUUACUAUCCCAAAACACAAUGUUGAAAGGCCAUAUAUUUUAAUGGUCCUAUUUUCUGAAGCAAAGACAAGUCUAGAAAAAGAAGACAUUGGUUGCUGCGCUUUAUAUUUCAUGCUCUAAUUGGGUGGCUCUUUGCCACUUCUCUACAAAGUUAGUUGCUUAAAAGUGUGAGACAGGAAAUGUGUAUGUGUUGGGAAACAUUGGAAAGAGUUUCGAUCCUCAAGAAAAUGAAGGGCCACCGAUUGAGAAGAUUCUGAGAAUGAGAUCUUCUCUAUUUCGUGCACAUAUCCAAGCGAACGCUGGGAUCUCACUGCGAAGUCUCGUGCGUGAGUUGUAAAUGAAAUGAGAGUGAUUCAAAGUGGUAACAGAAAGAAUCAGAGUUCCCAAGGCAAGAUUUGCACCAAGUAUGAAGAAUGUCCAAAGUUAUUGGUGAACAGUGCUAGAGCUAGAGCUAGUGCUUUCUCUUGGUGCUUAUUUUUUAUGGGAUGAUACUAUGAUAAUUAUUGUCAAUUAUAAAAGGAAAAUAUUACACGAGAAUGAUCAUUUAUCUCUUGGGCUUGUAUACUAUAGGACCAUUUAUCUUGUGGGUGAAGUUCUGUUCUUUUUUCUUUGGUA